AUGAAUUGUGAAUACCAUAUUGAAAAAACUUUUUCACAUAUAUGUUUAUCAGAAGGAUGCAAAAAAAGACUUGUAUGUGAUUUAUGCUAACAUUGUUAAACACAUUUUUUAGUAUUAUUUUUAUGAUUAUACAGAUUCCUGUUCAGGAUUUAAAUAAAAAGAUAACUACAUUGUAACCUAAAUGGGCUGAAGCAAAGAUCAAACCUGUUCUUGAAUUUCUCAAAUAGAAUAGUUAAAGUGAUAUAAAUACUUUUGAGAUAGAAUAAUAAUUACAAUAUAUAUUUGAUGCAUUUUUAGGAGAAAUUACUUUAAAAUUAAGAGAAGUAUAGAAGUAUUUUAUUGAAAAACUAAGAAUACUUGCUGAAAAUGCUCUAAAGAAUGUUCAAUACUUAAAAUAGAGAGUUGAUUCAAUCUAUAAUCUAUAAGAAUUAGGAUUGGCAUUACAUAAAUAUUAAACUGGCAUUUAUUCUAAAGAGUCAUUUGAUUAAAUAAUAAAAGAUUACUCAAUUAAAAUUUCAGGCAAUUCAGAAAUUUAAAAUAUUUAUUCAUAUAUCACAAAUGAUGGAGCCAAUCAUAAUUAUUUAGAUUUAAUCCAAAUAGAUUUACAUGGUUUUCAUUAAUUUAAAAGUAGAGUUUUGGGUCAUCUUGCAAGAUUAAAUGAUUUUGAUUCAUUUUUACCAACCAAAUACUCUUAAUUACCUUUCAAAAAUAAUGCUACUUUCAGUUGGAAUAUUGUUCAAGGUUAGAACAGUCAUUCCUUUAAUAUACAAAAUAUACAUAAAAAUAUGAUGGUUGAUGAAAUAUUUUAAUCUAAAAGCAAGAUAAUAUGUGUUAUAAAUCAAAACUAAAUUGUAUAAUAUAAUCAGAAUUUUAAAUUUGUUGGAAUCCUUCAUUAAUGUUAAUAAACUGAUUUCUAUUUAGCACAUCAUAUUGAAUCAGAUUUAUAAUUAAUUACUAAAUGGUAAGAACCAACAUAUAUACAUAUGUAUUCAAAUUUUAGAAAAAUUAAAAUCAUAAAAAAUGCAUCAAUUAAUCCAAUAUAAUAAAUCCUUUUCAUUAAUAAGUAUAAUUUAUACUGUAAAGGACAUGAAACAUGCAUAUUAACACUUGAUAGUAAGGGAAUUAUUAAAAUAAAUCCACUCUCUAAUAACUAUCUCUAUGAAUUUACUUAUGGUUAAGGUAUAUAAUAAGUAUAGAUUUUACCUGAAUCAAAAAAUGCACUUAAAUUUUCAACUAGUCAUGGAUUUGAUUCAAUUUUUGACUUAGUUUUAUGUUCCUAUUAAAAAAAUUAAAUUAAAUUGGCCAUUAGAAGUUUAUUUUAAUCACAGCCUUUAUCAAGAAUUUGGGAUGACGAAUCUUUAUCUCAUAAACUUGGACUAACAGAGCAUUGUGAAGUUUAUUUCACAAUUUUUAAAUUGAGUCCCCAAGAAAAAAGUUAUUUGAAGUCUUAAAAAGAUGUCGAAGGAAUAGAUUAUGUAAUAGUGACAUUAUUAAAUAAUUAUGUAACUCUAUGGAAUUGGAAAACUGGUAACUCAAUAAAAAUCAUAGAUGUCUCUGAAAGUUAUGGUAUUAGAACUAUGUCAUCAGUUCUUGGAGGUACUCUUCUUACUAUUAUAAUUCUUAUUGGAUUAGAUGGUUCUAUAUAUUGGAUUAAUUGGAUGCAAAAUAAAGUAAUGACAUGUAAACUAAAGAUUGGAAAUGAUUUAUAGAUUCAUGCUGUAUUUUAUAAUUUUUAACUUAGAUGUCAUAAUGCUUAAAUAAUUUAGGAUAAUCCUAAUUCAUUGUAGCUUUGAGAUAACAAACUCGAGCAUUUAUGACUGUUGCAUAAUUACUUUAUUAUUGA